CCGGCUGCGGGGAUACCCGGCGGGUUGGCUUUUCGGGCAGGUGGCUCCUCUUUCGUCGGUCCUGAGCCCCAGGCACGGCGCCGGCUGCCGAGGGAGCGUCUUUGUACCCAGCCCCGGGAGCCCGCGACGGCCCCUGCGCGCCCGCGUCCAUUGUUUUCGCUUCUCGGUCUCUUCCGGGCAGGUGCCCACAGAGCUCGGGGCCCGCACGUGCCAAAGCGGCGGCCGCAGCAGCGCAGGGACCCGCGGGCGCCGGCAGGGGCGUCUCGGGGCACGCUGCGGGAGAUGAAGUACCUGAAGCCUUGGUGGUCGGACGGCGGCGGCCUCCUGCACCUCACCAUUCUGCUGAGUUUGGCGGGGCUCCACCUGGACCUGGACCUGGACCUGGACCUCUACCUGCUGCUCCCGCCGCCCACCCUGCUCUGGGAUGAGCUGCUGCUCGCCAGCGACCCGACGAGCUCUGCCUACGCACUCAGCCCCUUCCCAGCCUCGGGAGUCUGGGGGCGCGCGGACCAGUUGCACCCCAAAGGUCGCGAGCCGGACCCCGCGUGGGAGCCCGCCGGCCGGCUGCUCCGGGAAGUGCGCGCGCUGGGGGUCCCCUUCAUCCCGCGCACCCGGGUGGAUGCGUGGCUGGUGCACAGCGUGGCGGCUGGGGAAGCCGACGGGGCCCACGGGCUGCUCGGCGCCGCCGCCGCAGCCUCCGCCGGGGGAGUCGGCGCCAGCGUGGACGACAGUAGCCAGGCUGCGCCGGGGCAUGGCGGGGACCCCCGAGUGGCUGCCAGUAGUCCCUUGGCCGCCGGGGAAGAGGAGAAGGCACCGGCAGAACUGACGGCUCAAGUGCUGGACGCCGCAGCGAGCCAGGAGAACGAGGUACUAAGAGAGAGACAUCAAGAAGUGGAUCACACCUCCCAGAAUGAGGAAAAUGAGCAAAGAAUAUCAGCCCAGGAGAAAAAACUACAGCAUAAGAAGGAGGAUGCAAGUGAAAUAGCAGAUAAACCUGACUGGGAGGCAGAAAAGGCCACUGAAUCUAGAAAUGAGAGAUGCCUAAAUGGGACAGACAUUUCUUUCUUUCUGGAAGACUUAUUUCAGUUGCUUUCAUCACAGCCUGACAAUUCACUGGAGGGCCUCUCACUUGGAGAUAUUCCUCCAAUAAGUAUCAAUGAUGGCAUGAAUUCAACAUAUAAUGUAAAUGUUAGCCAGGCUAUAAGUCAUGAUGUGAAUCUACGUGAGGCUAUGUUGCUGCGUCCUGACAAUACGUUCAGAAGAGAUCCAGUAGCCCGGACUUCACAACCACAAGAACCAUUGCUGCACUUAAAUUCUCAGACUACCAGUUCUGAACAGACCUUUCCUGGGACCAAUUUGACAGGAUUUCUUCCCCUUGUUGGCAGUCAGAUUCCUUAUCUAACAAGUGAAGACCUUCUACAUGACCUUGAUAUAAACAUACAUGAGAUAAGUUUAAUGUCUUUUGCCACAGAAGAAGGUUUUGAUCUGAUGGAGGUUUCUCAGCUUUUUCAAGAACCAGAUUCUGAUUCUGGUCUUUCUUUAAAUUCAAGCCACAAUAGUACCUCUGUCACCAAAUCUAAUUCCUCCCACUCUAUGUGUGAAGGAGGUGCUACAAGUUCUAGUACUGACCUUGACUCGCUUUCCCACCAGGACUUAGAAGGGGCUGUUGGAGGCUACUACCCAGAAUCUAGUAAGCUUUGUCACAUGGAUCAUAGGAGUGAUUCUGGUUUUCAUGAGGACCUUGCAUUUCAACACCUAUUUCAUAACCACACUUACCACUUGCAGCCAAGUGGUCUAGAGCCCACUUCUGAAUCUUUCUCUCGGUAUGGGAAGUCACAGAAAACACAGGGUAGAUAUCUCAAUGACACAGACAGAAACUUAAGCCGUGAUGAGAGGCGUGCUAAGGCUCUACACAUCCCUUUUUCUGUAGAUGAAAUUGUCCGUAUGCCGGUUGAGUCUUUCAACAACAUGCUCAGCAGGCACUAUUUGACAGAUUUACAAAUGUCACUCAUCCGUGAUAUUAGAAGAAGAGGAAAAAAUAAAGUUGCUGCCCAGAACUGUCGUAAGCGCAAACUGGACAUAAUUUUGAAUCUCGAAGAUGACGUAUGUAACUUGCAAGCAAAGAAGGAAAUCCUUAAAAGAGAACGAGCCCAGUAUAACAAAGCUAUUAAUGUAAUGAAACAGAAACUGCAAAACCUGUACCAUGACAUUUUUAGUAGGCUAAGAGAUGAUGAAGGAAGGCCCGUCAAUCCAAGCCAAUACACUCUUCAGUGCAGCCAAGAUGGAAGUGUUUUAAUUGUACCCAAGGAACGAGUAACCUCAGGCCACAAAAAAGAAAACCAAAAGGGAAACAGAAAGUGAAGAAAUUGAAGGCAGAUCCAUUAACAUACUUUACACAUAGGUUAUCAGAAAUGGAUACAUGGUCAUGAACCGUUGAAACUGCUUCAGAUUUUAGCACAGGUGUUCUAAAGUACUCCUAUAUGACACACUCAUCUUCAUUUUGAAGCUUUUACGGACAAGUUUGUGGGGAACUUGGGAGAAGUCCCAACUUUUCAUCGUCUUACUGCGUUAUAUGCAUAACUCUUAAGUACGAUUUAUGAAGAACAGGGUGACGUGAAAACCUUAAGAAUCUAAGACUGUCCAGUUGUUACUUUUUCUUUUAAAUUUUUAAUGUUUUAUUUAUUUUUAAUACAGAGAGCAUGAGAGGGGGAGGGGCAGAGA